AUGCGCGAUUUAACCCGAAUCCUGCUCCUCUGCAUCUUCUCCCACCUCGCUGCGGCCAGAGCCCAUAAUACCCCUCUGCCCCACCCAGAAUCUCAGAAGGAGGAACCCAGAGGGUACAAGCUCAGCCAGGUGGGGAGACACUGGAAGAAGGGGAGACCAACAUCAGCUCUGGACACAGACCGGGAAGAUGCCACAGAGUGGACCUCCUGGUUCAAUGUGGAUCACCCAGGGGGCGAGGGCGACUUCGAGAGCCUGGAGGCCAUCCGCUUCUAUUACCGCGAGCGUGUGUGCCCACGGCCCCUGGCGCUGGAGGCCCGAACUACUGAAUGGGAGCUCCCCUGGGACGUGGGUGAGCGGGUCCACUCCAGCCCCAGCAAGGGCUUCUGGUGUCUCAACCAGGAGCAGGCCGAGGGCAAGACUUGCUCCAACUACCACAUCCGCUUCAAGUGCCCACUGGAAGCCACCUGGAGUGAGUGGGGGGCCUGGGGCCCCUGUUCGAAGAGCUGCGGGGGAGGCCGUCGCCUUCGCCGCCGGACCUGCAGUAUAUCUAACAAGAAGUCGGCUUGUGUCGGACACCCCACGGAGGCGCAGAAGUGCAUCCAGAGACCCUGCUCAGGGUGCCAGCUGAGAUGUGCCACAGGGGUGCCCAGCGAAGACUGCAGCACUUGUGUCUGUGAGGGACACACCAUCCUGGGGACCAUCCUCACUCCAGCAGGUGUGGCUCUGCCUGAAGCCCGGGUGACCCUGAAGGGGCGUCCCCGGGCUGUCCUGGCCACGAGCGACCACCGGGGAAGUUUCCGUGUGUCGGGGGUCUGUUCCGACAGCCGGGCCAACAUCAGUGUGCAGCUGGAGGGCUUUUCUCCGGGCACUGCCCAGAUCGUCUCCAAUGGCUCCACUGUGGCUUCUGUGAAGGUCAUCCUCCGGAGAGUAGAGAGGCCCUAUCUCGUGAAGCACCCCGAGUCCAAGGUGCGAGAGGCCGGUCAGCAUGUGACUCUCUGCUGCAAAGCCCUGGGCACCCCCGUUCCCAAAAAAUAUUAUUGGUACCACAACGGGAGCCUCCUGGACAGGGCUGCCCACAAGUAUGACAGCAGCCUGAUCCUGAGGGACCUGGAGCCUCAACAGGCUGGCACGUACCACUGCAAGGCCAGCAGUGAUGCUGGGGCCAUCCGGUCCUCAGACGCUUUCCUGACUGUUGUAGGCAAAGGACAACCUGCCUGUGACCCCCGGCCCCAAGAGCACCUCAUCAAGUUGCCCAAGGACUGUCCGCAAGCUGCCACGGGCUCCCACUACUACAACGUGGGCCGCUGCCCGGACAGCAAGUGUCCCGGAAAGCAAGAGUCCAGCCCACAGUGCCGGGAUAGCUCUGACCGCUGCUGCGCAGUGCGCCGCAUGGAGCUGCGGGAGAUCCAGUGCCCCGGCUAUGUCUUGCCCAUCAAGGCAGUGGUCGAGUGUGGUUGUGAGAAGUGCCCAGUGCCCAAAAUCCUCGUCCGUGGGCGGGUGACGGCGGCGGACACAGGGGAGCCCCUGCGUUUCGCCCAGGUCUUCCUGGGGAAAGAGAAGAUCGGCUUCACUGGCUACCAGGGGACCUUCACCAUCGAGGUGCCCCCAGACACAGAGCGGCUGGUGGUCCAGUUCAUCGAUCCGCUGCAGAGGUUUGUGGACACGGUCAAGGUCUUCCCCUUCGACCAGCGGGGGGGCGCUGUAUACCAGGAGGUCAAGGUCAUGAGGAAGAAGGCGCCCGUGACCCUAGAUGCCACCCAGCUUAACAGGAUCCCACUUGGGGAGGUGGAGGGGGCCGAGCUCAUGGGCGAGGUGGUGAUCCCUCCCCUCUCCUUCCGCCGGGCUAACGGGGAGGUGUACCGGGGACCGGUGCGGGCCAGCCUCACCUUCCUGGACCCCCGCGACCUCCUCACGGCCGCUGCCGCCUCCAGCGACCUGAGCUUUGUCGAUGCCGACGGAGAGGCCGCGCCACUCAGGACCUACGGCAUGUUCUCGGUGGACCUGCGGGCCGAGGGCUCCAACGAGGUCCUGCAGACCGGCCGGGUGGAGGUCCGCGUGGACGCGGGACAGAUCCAGAUGCCGGAGCACGCCCAGACGAUGAAGCUCUGGUCCCUGAACCCCGAGACGGGCUUCUGGGAAGAGGAGAGUGACUUCCGCCAGGCCCCGCGGGCCCGGGGCAAGCGGGAGGAGCGGACCUUCUUGGUCGGUAACCUGGAGAUCCGGGAGCGGCGUCUCUUCAACCUGGACGUGCCAGAGCCCCGCCGCUGCUUCGUGAAGGUCCGGGCCUACAUCAAUGACAAGUUCGUCCCCAAUGAGCAGCUGGAAGGGGUGGUGGUCAGCCUGAUCAACCUGGAGCCCAUGGCCGGCUUCUCUGCCAACCCCCGGGCCUGGGGCCGCUUUGACAGCGCCAUCACAGGCCCUAAUGGGGCCUGCCUCCCUGCCUUCUGCGACAGCCAGCAGGCGGAUGCCUACACGGCCUACGUCACGGCGGCCCUGGGUGGUGAGGAACUGGAGCCGGCGGCCUCGAGCCCGCGCCCGAACCCCAGCACUGUGGGCGUUUCCCAGCCCUACCUAGGCAAGCUGCAGUACCGGCGGACAGACCAUGACGACCCGAACUUGAAAAGAAAUGGGUUCCGCAUCAACCUGCCAAAGCCCAACCCCAACAACCUGGACGAGAUCAAUGGUCCCCUCUACCCCUACAGUGGGCUGCGCGAGUGCGAGGAGGCUCCUGUCUCUGCCAACCACUUCCGUUUCUCCCGGGUGGAGGCGGACAAGUUCGAGUACAACGUGGUGCCCUUCCGGGAGGGAGACCUGACGUCUUGGAGCCGGGAUUACCUCUCCUGGUGGCCCAACCCGCAGGAGUUCCGGGCCUGCUUCAUCAAGGUCAAGAUCCAGGGUCCCCAGGAGUACAUGGUCCGGUCCCGGAAUGUAGGGGGCAGCCACCCCCAGACGCGGGGCCAACUGUACGGGCUGCGGGACACCCGCAGCGUGCGGGACCCAGAGCGGUCCAACACUUCGGCCGCCUGUGUGGAGUUCAAGUGCAGCGGCAUGCUCUUUGACCAGAGCCUGGUGGACCGCACGCUGGUGUCCCUCAUCCCCCAGGGCAGCUGCCGCCGGACAGCCGUCAAUGGCCUCCUAAGGGAGUACCUGAGCCGCCACCCUCCCGGGCCUGCAGACACCGACGACCUCUCGGCCUUCGAUAUGCUGGCCCCCGUCGACCCGCUGGGCCACAACUAUGGCAUCUACACGGUCACCGACCAGAACCCCCGGCUGGCCAAGGAGAUCGCCAUCGGCCGCUGCUUCGACGGUACCUCUGACGGUUUCUCGCGGGAGAUGAAGGCUGACGUGGGCACGGCCGUCACCUUCCACUGCCAGGAGCGGCCCUCCGGGCGCCAGAGCCUCUUCCGCCGUCUGCUCACCUCACCCGCUGAUACCCUGGCGGAGAUCCGCCGCGAGAUGAGCGGCAGAGAGAUGGGAGGCAAUGAGCAGCGACGGGGCCCGGCCAGGGCAGUGGCCUUCCCUGUGGCUCUCAGGAACCCGCUCCCCUCUCAAACCCGCCGAACCCCCGGUGGCCGGCGGAGGGUAGAAGCUCUCCGGGCCCGGCAGUGA